AGCAAGACUGGGUCGAGUCUAUACACCAUGGCGCGGACUGUGCAGUGGGAGCACGGCUCAAGUCAAAGUUCGGCACCAUCGAAUCGAACCGCUAGCGAACGAUCGUACGAAACCGUCCCCACCGAAUACAGCGUGCACAACACUCGACCUUCCAUACCUCGCCAUGAGACAUGUCUGGGUCGCGUAGAAAGCCGAGGCCACAAUUACUUUGCCGCACCCGUCAUCGACGGCCCUUCAGAGUCUCACACCGCUCGUUCUUCUGUCGACACUUACGCAUCCACAUCAGAGGAAGAGCUCGCCGACGAAUUCGACGACAUUCCCGAAUACCAUGUCCCACAAUACAACCACGAACCUCUUGUGCAGGAUGCAAUUCCGACUACAGCUCGCGAUUUUGCCGACCUUUUCCCCACCUCGAAACGUAUAUCGAUCCGCCACGACGACUCUACAAUCGAUGGAAACAUGAACUUGCGUGUCGACACUCAGAUCGAGGGGCAUCGUGGCUUGAAGCAAAACUAUACUCUGUUCCAUUUGCGCAUGCACGAUUUGCGCACUCGGGAAUUUUCCUUGCGGCGGUACUGCAGAGAGUCUGGUCGUGAAGUCUGCCAUUCCAUCCGCAAAUACAAGACUCCUGCAUCCGAAAAGCGCCCUGUCUUGCAAAGGGCUAGCACUGCCCUCGCUGGAUUGAUGCACAAGCCCGAAUCACGUCCAUCCACUUCGGCGGGCCUCAAGCGAUCGGACUCGGGCUACGAAUCGAUUCGUAACGCAGUAAACCAAGAAGAGCAUGAGUCACUCCCCAAGACUACUGGCUAUUCCAAGGGACGAGCGCUGAUGCCUACCAACACUGUCAAGUUGGAGUAUUCAAACUAUGCGCACAUCGAUGUCAAACGACGAGGCGCCAAGGGCAGCAAGCGAUACUCGUUCGAAUACUGGGGACACGACUAUUCGUGGAAACGAAUCGUCGAUACGGAUGAUCACGAGAGCGUCUCUUACUACCUAGUGCGUUCUGAUGGCGGGAAAGAACCCUUGGCCCACAUAAGCCCUCUUCGCUUGACUCAUGAUCAGGCGCGCGCGGAGGCAGCAAUGGGUGGAUGGAUUCCACCUUGCUACAUGCGCAUCACCGACGAAAAUGUUUUGAAUUCCACCAGCGAUAUCUCAGACAUUGUGGUUUCUACCGGGCUUAUGGCUUUGGUGGACGAUUGCAUCAAACGACGUUUUCACUCCAAACAAAGCACCGAGUUGCACAUUCCCCUUUUGGGGAACAAAAUGCACAUCGACUACGUUGGCCCCAAACGUCUGAUUGAUGAAGUGUUCCAUCGCAACAAGCCUAGUAUAGCAGCAAGCAGACAUCCGUCCGCGUUGCGUCGUACUGCGACACACGCAUGA